UCCGCGCCGAACCCCCAGCUGGAAAGCGCGCCUGAUCCAGCCCGUGGCCCGGCUCCCCACGACCCCUAGGAUGCCAGAGGCCAGGAGCUCCUGCCAGGACCUCACGCGAUGGAAGAAGAAGAAGCAGCCGGUGCGCCGCACAGUCAGCCAGAUCUGCCCGCCCCCACGGCGGCCCCUGACCGUGGCCGACAUCCGGCCGGGCAUGGAGAACGAGAGGCUGGGGGUCGUGCGAGAUUCCAUGUUUCAGAACCCGCUUAUCGUCAAGGCCAUGAGACCUGCAGGGACCGGAACAACGUUCUCUGUGAAGGAAGACACAGCAAUAGAAGAAACCCAGCCCAGCUUCCUGGGGCACGUAACAAGAGGAGGGCCAGGCGCUGAACUCGGGAAGCCCCGGGAAAGAAGCUGCAGUCUGCCCGGAAUUAAUUUUAAUUAUGGACUCUACAUCCGGGGGCUGGAUGGAGGGGUCCCCGAAGCCAUUGGACACUGGGAUGUGUUUAAACAGCAGCCUACCUGCCCCCAUGAGCUGACCCGGGAUUUUAUCGCCAUGAACCGUGGGGCAGUGAAAGCCGGCCUGGUAACUGCCCGGGAGAAUUUCCUCUACCGUCAGCUCAACGACAUCCGCAUCAGUGACCAGGAUGACCGGCGCCUCAGAAAGGAGCUGCCCUCUCUCCCUCCAAACAUGAUGUUCGGGAUCCAGGCACGGCCCUCCACCCCGUUCUUUGAUCUGCUGCAGCAUCGGUACCAGCAGCUCUGGGUGCAGGAACAAAAGGCCACCCAGAAAGCCAUUAAACUGGAGAAAAAGCAUAAGGUGAUCCUGGGGAAGCUGUACGAGACCCGGAGCAGCCAGCUGAGGAAGUACAAGCCGCCCGUGGAGCUGGGCGCCCUCUGGCACAUGCCUCACUUCCAGAAGGUGGGCCCCCAUCUCGAUACCUUCCCCACUGAGGCCGAUCGCCAGAGAGCAUUCAAAGCCCACCGGGAAGAACAUGCCGUGCGCCAGGGGACCCUGCGGAUGGGCAACUACAGCCACCCCUAAAGCCUCCUUGACCCGGUAGAAAAUCCUCUGAAGGACUCACCUUCCCUGCCCCAACUGACGCGAGACACUCUCCCAUCCUUAUGCAGGUUCUGCUUGGGCAAGAACCUCAGAUUCAGGUCUUAGGUUAAUGGUUUUUGGUAAGAGUUCCUCCCCCAUUGAGUUAGCCAACACUUAUCUCCCUGAUGACUCUCCUCUUCAGGACUCCCCUCCUUGGCCAGGCCACCCACCCCCUUCUCAAGCCCUCACCUGAUAAGAUAAGCCCAAAUCCUAAGGCAGAUUUUAGA